UCUAUAUAGAAAAUAUCAACAAAUAAGGUUAGGUCAAUGUCAACCAUACUAACAUUGGUACUCUUUUGAAAAUUGACCUCAAAAUUCUAAAGAAUAAUGAAUGCAAAUAUCUAAUUCCAAAAAAAAUCUAUAAGUAUGUCUUAAAACACCAAAUAUAGUGUUAUAAAAUUGUUAACAAAUUGUAUUGUUCAUUCUUUAACCAACAUUUAUUAUCUGAUAUAAAACUUAAUAAAUUAUAAUAGGUUAUUAGAAGCUAAAUAGACAAUAGUUCAUAUUCCCUUAUUCAUUUAAAAUUGUAUGUUGUGAACUGUGAAUGAAAUGAAUGUAUGAAUGACAUGCUUGUGUAGUGUGAACGAGCACCUGUGCGAAAUAAAUAUACAAUAAAAAAAAUGUUUUUUAAAAAAUAGAAUCAACAAUUUAAAAAAAAUUAUAAAUAAUUUCAAACUUUUUUAUUUAAAAACAAAAUAAUGCCUGGAAAAAUAAAAAUAAUAAUUUUAUACAUCUGCUAUUAGUGCUUCUACGUCAUAUUGAAUGACUCAUAAUUUGGUUUGCAAAAUUUUUGGCUAAAAAAAAUUUAUGACACUAACUGUAAUAUUUUUACGUCUGUAUAUUAUAGUAUACAUAUACAAUAUAUCUUAAUCUAAAGUUUAAUACACAAAAACCUUGUAUUGAAUUCUAACAAACUUCUUUUGAUUAUUUUUUUCAAAUCAUGAUGAUUUGUUGAGUUAAAAUUUAAAACUUAAUAUAAUAAGCCCUUAAAUAUAAUAUAGGUUUUUUUUCAUAAGCAAUUUUCAUUGUCAUUAUACUUAACUAUUUUAGGUUAACUAGGAGAUAAUAAUAAUAAUAAAAAUAUGCUUAUAAUAUAGCCAUAAUUCUUAUCAAUGCCAAUAUCAUCAUAUACCUACUCUAAUAAAUCAAUAACAAAGUAUAGGUGCUUUGUCAAACACCAAUAAUUUGAGCAUAUAUUUUGUACACGCCAGAUUGACAAAGAUAAUUUGCUGGCGUUUUCAAAGCCAUUAUUAUAUCUAAUACUCACAGUAAUAAAUACAGUCGAAAUGCUUGAACGUUUCAAUGUAUAAUGAACUGUUGGAGAAACAACUUUAAAAAUGUUUGACGGUUUGAAUAACAUAGAAAAAGUCGACAAAUCGAAAACAAAGCUAUUGAAGACCAGCAUGCGUCUCCAGUUCAGUGAAUUUUUCAACCACAGUACAUUACACGGCGUUAGAUAUAUAGCACAAAGUGAUCGGCCACUUCACGAACGAUUCAUGUGGUUUAGUUUCUUAUCCGUGGGAAUCGUUGUGACUUCUAUCAUUAUAAUAUCGCUUUGGGAGAAGUUCCAAACAAGUCCAACCAUCACUGGUUUAGAUACAGAUUUCCACAGUUGGGAUGUACAAUUUCCAGCUAUAACAGUAUGUCCUAAACGACCAACUUCUGAUGAAAAAGUGUGGGAGUACGUUACGAGUGUAUACGACAAUAACACGGAUAAUGAACGUGCAGAAAUAUUUUUCAAAUUUAUUAACGAAGUAGCGUCGUUCUCGUACGAAAAUGUUCAAAUGUUUAAUCAAUUUUCUGAAUACAAUUGGCUACCAAAGGAUAAAUUUAAAGAUUUAGCUUAUCAAGUAGUAUAUCAUUGCGAAGACUUACUAUACGAUUGUACAUUCAAAGGCGAACCAUACAAUUGUUGUUUAGGAUUUGAGCCGGUGUUUACAGAAUACGGUUUUUGUUAUAGUUUCAAUGCUAAACACGUAGUACCGGAUUGGCCAUGGAUGCCCGAAAAUUAUUCAAAGGCUAAUAUAGAAUACGUCUACGAAACAGAUAAUAAAUUGACUAUUACAUUUAAUAUGGAUAAUGUACCUAAAAACCCAUUAAAGGUUUUCAUACACAGCAAAGACGACAUGUUAAUCGUGGAUUCGUUACCGCAACAUCUGUGGACCAGGAGAAUAGCGAAAAUAUUUUUUAAUAGUAAACAAACAUACACCACUGAAGGCGCUCGACAGUUAAAGAUAAAACAGAGGAAAUGCGUUUUUCCAGACGAGAUAUCGUUAGUGACGGACUCCAAUUAUACGUUUAGUGCUUGCAUGAUUCAAUGCCGAAUGGAUACCAGCAGGAAACUAUGCGGAUGUGUCUCUUGGUUUUACAAAUCUAUCGAUGGAUAUAAAUAUUGCAAUUUGGACGGACUUAAGUGUAUUGGUAAAAAUCUUAAACAAAUAUUAAACGGACUUGCCUGUCCAUGUGAAUUGGGUUGUAUGAACACAGUUUACGAAGUAGAAAAACUUCAGGAUGCUCAGUCUGAUCAGUUCGAUGAACCUCUAGAAAUAAGUUUUGUAUCAUGGCCAAUGGUAAGGUACAGAAGAGAAGUAUUAUUUGGUUGGGUAGAUUUGUUAGUGGCUUUUGGUGGCAUAGCAGGUCUAUUUUUAGGUUUCAGUUUGUUGAGCGGAGUGGAAAUUAUAUAUUAUUUUACACUAAGAGCAUGUUGCAUGGUGACAAAUAAUCCUGAAAUAUUAGAAGAACUAAGUCAAGAAUAUGAUCAGAAAGAUGAACCAGUUAUAAAUUUAGGGUUAAAACCAUUAUGGAUAGUUGAAAAUAAGGAAACUCCUGUAAUAACUAAAAAUCAUGGAAAAAAGGAGGCAUUUACUUUACCUUUUUUGCCUUAAAUAUCACUACAAUAAUUAAUAAGUGCUACAAAC